UGAAACCAAACAUUUAUGGACUUUCAAAUCCCAACAUUGCCCUCUUCUCUCUCCUCUUAAUGAGCAAUGUCUGCAUCCCCCAAAAGGAUCCAGAUCUGCUUGAUCAGCGCUCUGCUCAUUUGGGUAGACCCAUUUCAGAGAUUUCAUUGCAGAAAGAAUGGCAGAGUCUGAGUGAUGAGAAGAAAUCUUAUUACUGUUGAGUAGCGAGGGAGAUACGCAGAAACAAAAAUAAAAGGGUGACUGAGAAAAGAUCUUCUCCUCCCAAACAAGGAAAGCAAAAUCUCAGCCUUUUUGGGCUCACUUCUUUUUUUGGGACUAGGAGUAGCUAUAUAAAGGAACCCUUUUUAGUACUGGGUUAUACGCUGUAAUGACUUUGCUCAGACUUUCUCAGUCUUCAGCUUAGACUGUGCUGUACUGGAAGAAGAAGAUUAUAGAGUAUAGACAGACAGAGAGAGAGUUAUGAGAGAAGAUAAUGGCUUUAAUAAGAGAAGGCUAUUGGGGUUGUUGCAGUGAUUAGUAAACAGAGGGUUUCUUUUUUAGUGUGUGAGAAAUUGGAUUAGAGAAGAAGAAGGUUUAAAAAAAUUUGGGCUUCACGGGAUUGUCAGUGGGUAUCUUUCAUUUUUAGUACACGUUGCUCCAGAAAGGUUUGUGUUUUAGGGAGAGAAGGAAGCGGUGGAGGUGUUAAGUGCUUUUUGCUAGUGUUUGAGUCGGUGGACAAAGUGGGUUGUGUGUGUGUGUGUAAACAUUUCAAUCGGCGCCUUUUUUGAAUUUACGAUUCAAGAAGAAGAAGGUGGUCUGUUCCUAACUCCACAUUCUAGAGAGAGGAAUAUGGGGAGAGCUAGAAGAUGGUUGAAGGCUCUGUUGGGGAUGAAGAAAGAGAAAGACCCUCUUGAGCUUCCAAAUAGUACUACCAAUACUACUCGGCCUGGUGAUCGGAAAGAGAAGAGAAGGUGGAGUUUCGGCAAGUCAUUGAAAGAUGCAAGUCCAAUUAGUCAUGUCCCGGCUAAUCUUCCCCCGAAUGUUUCCCCUGCUGACUCAGCCUGGCUCAGAUCCUAUCUUGCCGAGACAGAGAAGGAACAGAACAAGCACGCAAUUGCGGUGGCUGCUGCCACUGCCGCCGCUGCUGACGCUGCCGUGGCUGCUGCUCAGGCGGCGGUGGCGGUUGUGAGGCUGACGAGCAAGGGCUGUGGAGGAGACUUGUUUGGUAAGAGAGAGAGAUGGGCGGCAAUGAGGAUUCAGACUGUUUUCAGAGGCUAUUUGGCCAGGAAGGCGCACCGAGCUCUUAGAGGACUUGUUAAGUUGCAGGCUCUUGUUAGAGGCUUUCUUGUCAGGAAACGAGCUGCUGCUACUCUUCAUGGUAUGCAAGCUCUUAUUAGAGCACAGACAAGUGUCCGAUACCAGCGAGCACGUCGUUCUUUCAAUAAAGAGAACAGGUUCCUACCCGAAAGCAGGCCUAGGAAGUCCAUUGAGAGAUUUGAUGAAGCAAGAAGUGAAUUUUAUAGCAAGAGGCUUUCUGCAACUUAUGAACCUUCUCUUAAUGGCUUUGAUGAAAGCCCAAAGAUUGUUGAAAUCGAUACCUUCAGAACCAGAUCCAAGUCUCGCCGAUUCAACACCGUCUUAUCUGAAUAUGGCGAAGAUGUGCCUUACACCACUUCGCCACUGCCAUGUCCAAUUCCAACUCGCAUUACUGUACCUGGGGGCCAGCAGCUUCAGGAUUAUGAAUGGUACUUCAAUGCUGAUGAAUGCAAGUUCAGUACAGCCCAUAGUACCCCCCGUUUGGCCAGCUCUUUUCGGUCUAAUGCACCCAGUACACCUGCCAAGAGUGUUUGUGGAGACAGCUUCUUUCAUCCUUACUCAAACUGCCCAAACUAUAUGUCAAGCACCAAGUCAUUUAAGGCCAAAUCAAGGUCCCACAGUGCACCGAAGCAAAGGCCUGAACCCCUGCCUAGGAAGAGGCUUUCCCUUGAUGAAAUAAUGGCAGCAAGAAACAGUGUGAGUGGCAUUCGAAUGCAUCGACCCUACAACCAAGUCCAAGAAGAAACAGUGUGAGGAAGCAGCUGCGAUGGGAAGACUAGCCUCUUUCUUAGAUCAAAAUCAGGAAGCACUUGCAUAGCAGAUGGUAAAGAAACAGAUUGGAGAGGAUAAGAGCUUCUCCAAGCCUUAUUUUCCCACUUUAGUAAUUGACAAUGAAUAGGGUAGAACACAGUGCUUUGUAAAUUCUUCGUUAAUUUUCUCAACAGUUUCUUUCUAAUUGUGUCUUAUGAGCAAUGAAUUAAUGAAAUGAGAGGAGCUUCAAUA